UAAGGACAAAAGAGGCGUUGCGUUUGUGAUAGUAAUUAUUGUGAUACAUGCUGUGUGACUGUACGUGGCGUGCGCUUAAUGUCGCAUAGUGUGCACACCCUACCAAAACGUGACAAGGCGUCGGGUAGCAUCGUAUAGCGUAGCAUCGUAUAGCGUAGCAUCGUGUAAGUGUGUUCCUCGCUUUAGUCUCCUGUCACGAUUUUCGGAAAUAACAGGGGUUGUUGACAUGAAUGUGUAGUGUGAAAAGCCAAUGAUGCAAUAUUGAGUACCCAUCCGACUCUCAUAGUUGUGUAGUUGUCUAUAGAGUCAUAUCGAGUACUCCAUCGCUCUACUCAACUGAAUGGUAUUUAUACUGGACGUUAAAUUCCAACCAAGAUAAACUAGAUGCAUUAUUUAGGAAAGGUUGACAACAAUAUUUCAAUAAAUGAUAGUGUCCAAUACAACAGCACGAACAUUUAAAUUUUAAAUAUUAUGGUUUCUCCAAAUAAAAAAAUAUUUCCUUGCCCAAGGAUAAGAGUAACGGUACGAAAAUUUAGUUAUCGUCAUAGAUUAGAUACUGGAUGCUUUUUUAUCUCUAGAUAUAUCCUACACAUCUAAUUUUCCAGAGUUAUAAUCUUCUUAGCUGCAAUUCAUUACUUUAAGUUGUACAUAUGUUUAUAUAUCAUUUGAUCGGUUUCUAUCUUAGUUAAAAUCAUUAUUUUAGUUUAGUAUUAGAUAGUAGGCUUUUUGGAUAGUAGUUUAUUUAGUGCUAGUAUUAUUCAUAAUGCAAACCGCAAAGAAAGAAGCGAUCAACGAUGACAAAUGGAGUUGCAUGGUCGCUAUAAUGAGCGAGAUAACGGAACCUUACGAGUCUUUCGUCCACUUGUACGAGAGCAACAGUGAGCAGGAACCCCUGGUUAUAAAUAUUUCUCAGAAAAUGCUAUGGCGUUUUAAGUCCGACGGAAACACGGCAGGAUUGCUAAGAGGAAGUCAAAGCGAGGCACAUUCAGCUCAGAAGAAAAAAAUGUCAGUGAAAAGUGAUUCUUUGAAAAAAGGCUCUAUAAAAAGAGGAUCCGUAAAAAGAGGGUCGGUUAAAAGAGGGUCAGUUAAAAGAGGGUCGGUUAAAAGAGGGUCGGUUAAAAGAGGGUCGGUUAAAAGAGGAUCCAUAAAGAGUGGACGAAAAAUGUCGGAUAAAGAUAAGAAACAAUUAUACGCGAAGACAAAAACCGUGGAUCAUGCAAAAUUGAAUAGGUUGAAACAACAAGCUAAGGUGAUACGUCAAUAUAUUCUUAAAAUAAAAAAAGCUAUGCUAGCAAAGAUUGCUCGUUACAGAAAAACUGGUAUAUACGCGAAAGAUGAGACUACGUUGAAUCCGACUCCUGGGCCACACGUUUUUUUUGUCAUAACUGGGUUUGAUGAAGCCGAGAUCGUUCCCGCUUUGCUCGAGGCCGGUGUACCAGUUAUUGCAGGACUUGCGAUUGGUACAAAUGUGGAGUUAGCUCUGAAAGAAGCAAAAUUUGAAGCCGCUAUGGAAACUGCCCGGGAAAUGAAUGAGGGAAAAGAUCCUACACAACCGAGACUAAGUAAGAGGAGGAAGAGUUCAGCCAGGAGGCAGAGCGCGGCCAGAAGACAGAGUGCGGCUAGAAGACAGAGUGCGGCCAGAAGACAGAGUGCGGCCAGAAGACAGAGUGCGGCCAGAAGACAGAGUGCGGCAAGGAAGCAGAGUUCAGGGAGGAAAAAGAGUACUAGAAGAGAGAGCACGAAGAAAAGCAGCGGAGAAAGCAAAAAACCUGGUGACACAAAGCAAAGUGGAGGUAGGACGAGUAGCUUAAAGUCAUUGGGCGGGAAAAAAACGGAAGUCAUUCGGGAUUCCCACACUGAGUUUUGGAUUAAAUUAAAUGAAAUAUUAGAAAGUCCAAAAAGCUUCGAUCUGCUCAAGGAUUUUGUUGUCAUCCCAUUAAAUCCUCUAGAAAUUUUAAAAGAAGAGAGAGAAAGCCGUCAAGGAUAUAAGUUGGUCAAUCAAGUUACUCAAACGCUUUUCUCUUUGGUUGGCGAAUUGAGAAAUUUUAUUCACUACAUGAGCUGUGUUCGUGAGGUGAAUUUACCUCCACCCGAACCGGAAAGCGUACUUUUCGAUACCUACAAAGCAAAGAUGAAACAUAUACCUUUAAAUGAUGCGUCAUUGGAAAUAAUCCUGUAUAGCAUGACUUGUGCUGUAGAAGAAGAAAUCUCUUCUGAAGAAAGAAUAUUAUAUAAUUCAAAAAUGUAUAAACAACACUCGAGCUUACAAUCAACGCCUACAGAAACCAGAGAAAAACGAUCGGUCUUAAAAUUUAAUCUUUCGAAAGACGAAAAAGAAGAAAACCAGGAUGUCGCAUUUUUGUAUUCUCCGGUAUUGUUAAACCACAAGGAUAAGGCACGCAUCGAGUUGUUCGAUGUGGACAUAAAGGGCGUCAACGUGAAAAAUGUAUACACAAAUAUUUACAAACAUAUGCCCUACUGCAACAUCUGGAAUUACUAUAAAGAGCAAGAUCCUACGGCUAAAGUAAAAAACGGAAGCCAUUUGUACAAGUUGUGGAGAUGCGAAGAGAUGAGGAUGCCAUUCGAUUUAUUUACAAUUCAUAUCCACCAAUUAAUUAUUUUAAAAAUGAUCACUAUGUGUUUAGAAGAAGGAAACUUGACAACACCAAUCCCAAACAAGGACAGAACUUCCGCGAACAUGAUAGAAGCGAACGAUAUAAAAGGUGACUUGAACAGCUAUAAACUAACAAAAUUUUUGAUUUCUGAGGAAAUCCUCAGUCUGUUUGACUAUGAGGUUAAAACUAAAAACAAUUUUAACAGCGUGUCAGUUGAAGAAUUUGACGAGUAUAUAAAUUUACAGGCUCUUCAUAGCGCGUUUUGUAAUUAUAAAAACGCUUAUUAUGAGCACUAUCCUUUAACUGAUAAAAUAGUAUUUUUGUUCGCAAAUGAUUUUAAUUUUAAAGGGCCGACUAAAUCUAUUUCAAAAGGGCACUUAGAAGUUUCAUCUGGAUUCAGACAAUUUUACAUGUUCACCAGGCAUGAAUAUUCUGUUAAAAAAUGGCUCCAAUCCCAAAAAGAAGCAAUAGACAAAAUUGAUGACCAAACCCAAAUUGAAUUCAUAAAAACACAGAAACUUUACAAAUACAAAAACGCAGUGAAAGACGCUGACUUUCUUUCAGAAAAGUUACAAAUUCCACUGCCUUUAAUCAAUAAAAAUGCUGAAUCGUAUUAUAAGGACGUUUACGAUGUCGACCCGUCCGGAGCGAGAGUAAAUGAAGAGACAACCAAUUUCACAUCAUUCGACGGGCCGACUAUAGAUAUAAAGCAAAUUAACGAUUGCUACGACAGAACAAUUAUUCUUAAUUCUUUCGGAAACAGUGUUGUUUAUACGAUAAAUGUACUACCAACAAACAUCAAGCAGCCUCCGCUGUUGUGUGUUGAGUCCAAACACGGUACUAGAUUUGUUAUACAGCUUGUCACAAAAAGUAUUGCGAGUAACGAGUCCAAAAUAAACGUUAGAAAACAAAGCGCGAAAAGUGACGGAGGAAGGCGGUUGAGCAGAAAACAGAGCGCAAAAAGUGUCGGAGGAAGGCGAUUGAGCAGAAAACAAAGCGCAAAAAAAGACGGAGGAAGGCGAUUGAGCAGAAAACAAAGCGCGAAAAGUGACGGAGGAAGGCGAUUGAGCAGAAAACAAAGUGCCAAAAGUGACGGAGGAAGGCGAAUGAGCGCAAAACAGAACACUACGAGGAGAAGAAGCAGAACGAAGUCCGGUGAACAACAUUUAUCGAAACCCGUCGAUGCAGAGACGCAAGCAUAUCAAGUAUACACUACACUUCCCAACGGUUCUAAAAUAUCGUUUUUUGAAUUCGAUGGAAAAACUCAAGUCAAGCAACAGUUCAUCUCCGAAGAAGCUUAUUACAAACAAGACGUUUACGAAUAUCAGAGACUCUUCCUAAAUAACGGCUCAAUAAUACUUUACCGACAUAACGGCGAUACAGUUAUUUUUAGCCCAAAUUCAACGAUAUUUAAAGUCGAAGAAGUUAAAUGGGUUGAGAAGCAGGCGAAUUUGAUAUCGGAAAGUAUGUUGGACACAAGCCUGAGCGUACCGUGCCAAAGUCAAAGUCAAUUGAUUAGCGGUUUGCCUAGCACAAUACAAAGUAGCAGUACAACCAUUCUUAAAAGUAAAAUGGAGAGUAGUAAAUCGGAUGACAGUAGGAGACAGAGUAGAAAAAAAAGUGUAAAGCGCAAACAAAGUGCUAAGGGUACGAGGAGACAAAGCAAUAAGCAGGGCCGGAGACAAAGUGCCAAAGCUGGUGGUGGCAGGAGACGAAGCAGUGCCAAAGGAGGUGCGCCUAGAAGUACAAAGUCGUCUGUACAAUUGGCGUCCAAUCGACAGGAGAACGACACUAAAUUGUACCUUCAAGUGACUGCCAGUGAAAGAUUCGACUAUCUGGGCAAAUUCUACAAAUUUAUAAACGAAAACGAGUUGGUGAUGAGAAAACACACUCAUAGACUAAGAGUGGCCGAAAAACAUGGAAAAGAGCUUUACGUUAAAAGAAGCGAUGGUACAAACAGCUAUUUUAAAGAAGACGGAAUUCUCCAUGUUAAAUACGACGACGGUUCUCUCAUCACGUCUAUCCCACACCAAAGAACGGAAAGCAUGAUAACAAUAAUGGGAAAUCAAAGUUCACACGACUUGACCAAGGAACCCAACUCGUCUAACAUUAAAAGUGCCAACGAAUCUGAUCAUGGAGAAGAUGAAGAUUACUUAACUUACGAAAACGAAUACAUACAAGAACAUCCUAAAUAUGUGAGGGUGUGUCACAGGAGAGGAGGUACAUGUGAACUGACGCUGGACAAAUCCACGAGCAUCAUAAAAAAUCCGAACGGAAGUUAUUUUAUAAAACUAGACGACACGACCGUUAUGCAUAUAAACAGAGAAUUAAUAACUGUCGAAUCCCAAAAGACGACUGACGGGUCUAGACCGGAAGGAAAAUCCUUCACAAAAAUUUUCCCCGAGAACACGAACUCUCAAGAAAAAAAAAUUAUUAUGGAAUCAACGGACAGUCUCAGUAGGACGUUCACCGUAUUCUCGGACGGAUCUCACGAAUUUAGCAUCUCGGACGCCACGACUGGAGAAUUUGACGAAGCCAGAUUCAAACAGCUGCUCCAUUCGAACAGAUAUUUCAUACUAAAAAGAGACCUGUCCGGUUAUGAAUUUUUGCCGGACGUUUCGACGUCGCACGACAUGGCAAGGGCUGACGAACAAGACGAAAAUACAAUCGGGGCAUCAGAUAAGAAGAGUAAACGCGAUUUCGAAUCCAUCGGAGAUGUGCCCAUCGAUCGAGUCCGACCGUCGAAACUCAUGCUCGAGACCGACCCAUUCACGAAGAACUUCAAGGAAAGACAGCCCACGAGACGGAAUUUACGAAUGUCGGCGAUUCAAAAGUCGAUGAGCGAGAGUGAGAACGGUGAAGAAAAGGCCCAACGGUUCCAAUGUAAAAUAGAAAUUAAAAACGAGCAUAUGUUCUCAUGUAGAAAAAUGAAUCUUUCCCUUCCGUAUGAGUACGAAGAUAACAAAACCAACAUACUCAAGAGAUGCGAUUUGACGGACAUCCUCCCGAAAAACAAACAAUGGCUAUUUAAUCUAGGACCGGAAUUUUACAGAACAAUGUGUACAUAUAUAGAGGAAAAAACAUGCAAAAUUUCUGAAUCAAAUUCCCAGGAUACAAAAGAGCCGCUUGCAAUUUUGUACAGAAGACAGAAAACUUUGACUCCCGGAGCGCACAUUUACUCUCUGUACAAAGAGGCGUACACGAACUACAUGCUGUACAACAAAGAUAUAUAUACCGCUUACAACAAAUAUUUUGUAAAGACAUAUUUCGAUACUUACCGGGAUGUCCGAGAACGCGAAGCGACUUUAAACGUCAAGUCUUUCAUCCGCACGUUCGAACGAGAUAGCGGUAGGGGCUUGUUUUCCGCGGGUACACAAAAAGCUCGGUCUUCGUUCGCCAAAGUGAAGAAGACAGGGUGUGCAAGACUCGAUCUUCACUGA